AUGGACAACAUUAAUGGAGGUGUGAGCUGUGAUUUGGAUCAGUAUGGAUUCGAAGUUCCAAACUCAUCCACUACGAUUCUAAACGGAGAUGUUUCAUUUCGAACGGAAAAUGCAGCUGAUCGUCGAAAUGAUACAGAAGAAACAGAGCUUCACUAUCGGUUUUCACUGAAAAGACAUAAGAAUUAUCUAGCAAAAAUCAAUUACGAUGAAUCGCGGGGAAAAACGCGAUUCAAUAAAGCAGGUUUACAAAUGAUGAUGGACGCAUGUCGCAGCAAACUGCUUCCGUUCAAUUACCGACGAAACAACUUAUCUCCUCCAUAUACAUGUUACAUCCAACUCACUAUUACCCAAGAAGAUGCCACAACGAUUCAGAGAUAUGAGUAUAAUCACAAACUCUACGAAGCCGCUAAGAAACUCAACGAAACUCUCUUCGCGAAUCGUCAUGUAAUCAUUGUCAAUCAUUUACAGAGUGCUUGUUUUGAUGUUUUGCAAGGGACAGUAGGCCACGUAGACAGGGACUCUAAUCGUGGCCAGGGAAGACGUUCUCGGCAGUGUACAUUCGCAACGCCCAUCCAAACCAAAUCGUACAAAAUUCAAAACCAAAACAAUAUGGUCUCUCACACCGUCCCAAUGGGUUACGAAAGUUUAAGGACAGUUUUACUGCACACGGAUCCAAACUUGAGAUUCAAAAUUGCUCAGCGAAUUCCGAAAAUUCGUCUCACAGAGAAGGCGGUUCCUUUGAGAAUCAGAUGCUUGGAGUUGGAAGAAAGCACAACCAAAGUCAACAGCCAAUCCUACAAACUUGGAGUCUACCGUCAUUAUCAUACAGAAGACAUACCUAUGGGAAUUAAAAAUCGUAACAAAUGGGGAGGUGUAAGCUGUGAUUUGGAUCAGUAUGGAUUCGAAAUUCCUAACUCGUUCGAUCCUAUUCUAAACGGAGAUGUUUCAUUUCGAAGGGAAAUUGCAACUGAUCGUCGAAGAGAUACAGAAGAAAGAGAGCAACGUUUGCAGUUCUCACUGAGAAGAUAUGAAGAAGCUCUAGCAAAAAUCAAUCAAUUGGAAUCGGAGGGAAAAACGGUCGACGACUUUUUAGCUGGACCAAUGAAUGAGGAUGAUCAACGUAUUAGACGCACUUUGGAAAUCCCCAAGGAACAGUUACAAUCAGGAGUUAAUCGAUACCGCAGCGCACUACUUCCGUUCCAUUACCGACGAAACAACUUAUCUCCUCCGUAUACAUGUUACAUCCAACUGACCAUUAUCCAAGGAAAUGUCACAAAUAUUCAGAGAUAUGAGUAUAAUCAUAAACUCUACGAAGCCUCUAAGAAACUCAACGAAAUUCUCUUUGUGAAUCGUUCUGUAAUUAUUGCCGAUCACUUCCAGAAUACAUGUGCCGAUGUUUUGCGUACACCGAUUGGAUUCAAAAUAUUUGCUAAUAAUGUAUACGGAUAUAAUUUCCAAAUAAUCCCUAUGUCUUCAAUUGUCGAUUCUUCGAGAGCUUUGCCCGAAUUGAGCAUUAGUGUCACAUCCGGUGUAGUCUCGAAUUUCUCACACAGUCUUGUGAAAAAUGCUGAAACGCUCUCAAUUUAUAUAAAUGAGGGAAGAAUUAAUCAGCUCGCGAUCGCUUUGGAAACUAUGGAAAAUCAACACAUUCACAUCCAAUUUGGCCAAUUCGAUAACCCGAGCCCAAAUGAAUAUUUUCAAUUGUUGCACGGCUGGCUGGCAACAGAACGCAGUGUCGGAUUGAUGAUUACGUCUGGAUUGAAAACUGAUCAAAUUGGAGAAGAAAUCUUAGAUUCAUUGCCUCGCCGGAUAACCCCAGCGAAGCGGAUCCAAAAAUUAAGAUUAAUGUUCAACACAUUCUUUCGAAUGGUCGGAACUCCAGCGUACCUUGAGUAA